AGAGAGAGAGAGAGAGAGAGAGAGAGAUGGUGCAUUUUGUUCUGGUACAUGGUGCGUGCCAUGGAGCAUGGUGUUGGUACAAGGUUAAGCCAGUGUUGGAGAGUGCCGGACAUCGAGUGACGGCGAUCGACCUUGCGGCUUCCGGGAUCAACAUGGCUAAAAUGGAAGAGGUCCAUACCUUCUCCGACUACACACAGCCAUUGAUAGAGUUGAUGGAGUCACUUCCUCCGGGAGAGAAGGUAACUCUAGUGGGACACAGCUUGGGUGGCAUCAACUUGGCUCUUGCAAUGGACAAGUUUCCUCACAAGAUAUCUGUAGCCGUCUUUCUCACAGCUAACAUGCCCGAUUCUACACAUUCUCCUUCCUAUAUCAUAGAUGAGGUAACCUCUCGCUCUCUCUCUCUUUCUCUCUUCGUUUCUUGA